AUGGCGACCUCCACCACCUCACACAGGCCCAUCAAGGGGAUACUGAAGAAUAAGAGCUCCACUGCUUCCUCGGUGACUGCCUCUGCCCAGCAGUCGGGAGGGACAAUACCAGAGGUAAAGAGAAAAAAGUCCCAGAAAUGGGACGAAUCCAACAUCCUGGCCACACACCGUCCAUCCUACAGAGACUACAAUUUAAUGAAGAUCAACGAGCCCAGCAGCCCCUACUUCAGCCCACAGGAUGAUGGAGAAGAGCCAGUGAGUGAUUUGGAAGCAAAGGAAGCCAUGACCCCAGACAUCUUAGCCAAGAAAUUAGCCGCCUGUGGUACUUUGGAGUUGAACUGCCAGUUGGGAGAGCCGGAGAGUGACGGGGCGCACAGCCGCAAGAUCCUUCUCGACAAGCAAGAAAAGCAGCGGCAGUUCGAAAUGAAAAGGAAACUACACUCUAACGAAGGCCUGAACCUCAAGCUGGCUAGAGAACUGAUCUCCAAAGACUUCGAACACGAGAAAGACAAGGAUGACAACGAAGAAACUCUACAUGAUGACAACAACGAAGACAACACUGCUGCGGAAGAAUCGGAUGAAGGUCCUACAAGUGACGAACUGCAAACCCAGUCAUUUUCUGCCUAGACAACAUCUGCUCUGCCCGGCCAUUGCGUGCCAUACGAACUGCUACGAACUGUUACGAACUGCCGCGAACUGCUACGAACUGUUACGAACUGUUACGAACUGCCACAAACUGCUACGAACUGUUACGAACUGCCGCGAACUGCUACGAACUGUUACGAACUGUUACGAACUGCCACAAACUGCUACGAACUGUUACGAACUGCCACGAACUGCUAUUCCAACACGCUGCUGCUUGCUUGUCGAGGCCCGGCUUCCAGUACUGAAAAUACCCAUCAGUUAAACUGUACCUCCAUAAUUCAAUGGUGAACUUAGAAAAUAAUACACUAACGGCAAAAC